AUGACACAGACGAUAGGGGCUUUGCGCUCCGCUGCUCUUUUGGAAAUUCCACCCGAACGACACGCCGAAGCCUUUGGCACAUACUGCAGCAGCCGACCAAAGGGGAGGAAGCCCCACGAUGAUCCGAAACAUCUCCUUAACAGAUGGAUACGGCUCGAAGAUAAUCGAGAGGCUCUGCUGAGUAAUUGUUGCGCUCUGUUGUUCCGCGAUGGCUCUGGAAACCUCAUGAUCCUUAGCGCUCCGCGUCUGUGUCUGAACGAACACGACCAGGCUUGUAUCGUGGGUCAAAAAGGGAAUGCUGUGCAUUGCAACGAAGUCGUCUCGAUUCCAGUCCAGGCGCUCCGACAAGAAGUGCUGGGGUUCCUGUGUGGCCCACGAUCAAGGGAAGCCGCCACGAAACUGAGGCCCAUUGAUAACCUCGACCUUAUGCUUGGUAUUGACCAGCCCUGCACUGCAAGCUACCUAGGACGCCUGCCGUGUGUCCUUCCACUGGAGUUUGGCCAUGGCAUUGACAUUGAUCUUGCCGAAAAGCGGAUUCGCAUGAAGGUUGCCGCUCGACAUCCUUUCUAUGCUACGUGGCUUGAUAGCACUGCUUACUGGCACACAUGCAAGAAGAGUGUCGAGUUUCAGGAGAGAAUCCACAAGUCCAUUGCACCGACAUUGACACCAUCGUUGUCGCUUGCAAUUUCCACCGUUGGAGUGUCAGAAGACGCAUUUGCCGAUGACGUCCUGGUCACUGAACUUGAACGUGUUCGUUACGCCAACUUGGAGCAGUGGCUUAAAAACAACCCCCAGUUCUAUUCUGAGGCGACGGUAGAAGAAGUGUCCAACACGACAACCCGAGACAAGACAUCCAUUCAUCAAACUCCAAUGAGUGAAGAACACGAACACGUGGAGGUGCAAAGGACACCAGCCCCAGCUGUGGCCAACACAGAAGUACCGGUAUUGGUAUCACAAUCACCAAAGCAUGUCAACAAUGAUUGGCAAGGAACACCAAUCGCAGAUAGUCAACAGAGGGCCACAAAAGAUACUUACGAUGAGCUGUUUUCAUCGCCUACCGUUGCAAAUGAGGUAUCUACACAGCUAUCCCCUCUACGAAAUGAGAUUGUGACCUUCAGUGCGCCUGGUUCCGAUGAAUCUCUGACGCUAUCACCUCUACGAGGAAAGAAAAUGAGUUUCAGUUUGCCUCCUCUGACUGGGCGGGCUUCUCCCGAGAACGAUGACGCCGCAACCGGUGUCCUUCCACCUCCCCAAUGUGAACUAUCAAGUGAGGACAACGAGGACGAAGGCGAAGUGGUGAUGGUAGAAAACCCAAAGAAGAGGUCCCAGGCUUUCUCCUCUGACGAAGAAGCCAAAAAGCGGAAGAGCGUAGUCCUCGCCCCCCUCGAGACGAAGAUCAUUGCAGCCAUUGCAGAAUUUGAUUCAUUGGAAGUUCCGUUGUCAAAGGCAAACCUUGCCCAUGUUGUUGGCUAUAAAAAUCCAGGAAGCAAGACAAUGAAGGAUGCGCUGAACAAGUUGAUCAAGGAGGGCAUCGUGGCUUCGCGGGCAGGGAUGGUGCAUCCGACAAAAGAGUUUGGUUACUUCGCUCCAGCGGUACAGAAACCACAGGACAACGAAGAGUUUCGCAAGCGCCUUGAGCCUCUCAUCCCACUACACAAAGAGGUCAGGCCACAAAAACUAGCAGCGGUUUGGAACUUGCUCUCUGAUGGUAAGGCUCACAGCACCCAGGCCGCAGCUAAGGAGGCUAAGCACAACAAUGCCGGCUCCAAAGGUUUCAAAGACGUUGUGUCUGCCUUGCAAGAUUUUGAUUUGAUCGAGAAAAAGGGAAACCAAAUCAAGUUCAAGAGAGUUGUGUUUGCUUGGGGAAGCCCUGUGGAAGUGGUUUCUAUUUGA